CCACCACCAGUAGACAACUUUCCACUGAUCCCAUCGCCGCCUGAACAAACUACGCCAGAGUUUCCACCACCUGAUGAAACAAUCGAGCCACCAAUUGACCAGUCAACACCAUCGCCAGUAGUCCUCCCCGUGAUUCUGCCUCCACCAGUUGAAGAUUUUCCGCCCAUUUUACCUCCACCGGUUCAAGAGUUGCCGCCUAUUUUGCCUCCACCAGUUGAAGAUUUUCCGCCCAUUCUACCCCCACCGGUUCAAGAACUUCCACCGGUUUUCACAACACCUCCGAUCUUGCAAGAUCCACCGACAGUUCCAGUAUUCUCCACACCACCAGCCUUAGGAGAUUUCCCACCGCAAACUCCCGUCUUUACCACGCCACCGGAGGUAACGAAUCCAUGGCUACCGCCGGAGCAACCACCGGUUACGUCCAUUCCAACAAUACCGGAAAAUCCAUAUCCAAACCCGGACAUGGGUUCAAAUCAACCGGUGGUUCAGCUUCCUGCACCCUCUUGGGAUUCCCCGCCAUUUAAUCGCUGAUUUCCUGUAUUUUCAAAUUUCUCCUUUUUUAAAUGAUAAAUAUGUAACGUAAAACCUAAACGUAAUAAAAGCGAGCAAUGCCACCUCGUACAUAUUCAUAUGGC